AUGUCCUUAUCACCUUGGUUAAAAUCGCCUUUUACUGAUUUAACAGGAUCUCUUGUUAAUCAUCAAUGGUAUGGAGUAUGUGCCAAUCUCGAAUUAAAAGUUUUGGAUUGUUUGGAAGCUUACGGUCUGGAUCGAGGAUUAAAGAAAUGCCAUUUACUUAUUGAAGAUUUUAGAGAAUGCUCUUUGAGAACCAAGCAAUUUAAGCGGAUGAAAGCUAUGAGGAACGAACGGCAUCGACAAUAUUUUAAUGGCGAAAGAACCAAAGAAAAAAAAUAUGCCAAAGCACCCACUUACGAUAGUUAUUGA